AUGUCUAGUGUCGCGAAGCCUUCAGAGCCCUCCCUCGCGCACUCGGAUACAGCACCAGCCACUGAGACGCCGACAAUCGAAAAGAGGUUCAACUUUUGGACCGCAUUUGGCGUUGCCGUCUGCACCUCGGGCGCGUGGGAAGGCUGGACUGCUUCCAUCGCCCAAGGACUUGCUGGCGGCGGUCCUGUCUGCCUCCUCUGGGGCUGGGUUGUCGUUUCAGUCGGGAUUAUCUGCAUGUCAUCCCCUUCUCCAACGGUAGUUGACGAGAAUGUCGGUGACAGCAUGUGGCCUUCAGCCGGAGGCCAAUAUGUUUGGGCAGCCAAUCUUGCCCCGGUAAAGUACUCUCGCGUGCUGAGCUGGACAACUGCAUGGCUGGGAGUAGCUGGGCUUUGGCUAGGAGCCUUGUCUUGCGGCAUGGGGGUCGCUGUUCAGACACAGUCCUACGCAAUAGUCUCGACAGAGUACGAGCCAAAGACCUGGCACGCAUUCAUGAUCUGCAUAGCCUGCAUGGUCUGUUGGGCCGUCGUCAACAUUUUCGCAGUGCAGCUGUUGCACUACAUGAACGCAGCAAUUCUUGUAGUUCAUGUUGUUGGCUACUUGCUUGUCAUUGGUGUCCUGGCUGGAUCAACUGAAGAGAAGCACGACGCCACAUUCGUCUUCACCAAGUUUCAGAACAGCACCGGCUGGGACAGCGAUUUUGUUUCCUGGUCCGUUGGCCUACUCUCUGCGCUGUACGCAUAUUUCUCUCUGGACACGGCGGCGCACUUUAGUGAAGAGAUUCCGAGAGCGAAUGUCCUCGUCCCUCGAGCAAUGAUACUACAAGCCGGCGCUACGGCGUUGAUGACCCUUCCGUUCAUUAUCACGGUUCUUUUUUGCAUCGGAGAUAUCAGCGAGGUGCUCGCCUCGCCCAUCGGGACCAUGAGCCCAUUCACACAAAUCCUGAUCAACAGUACCUCAAACGUCGGCUUAUCCUGCUUUCUCAAUUGCAUUAGCUCUUCCGUAGCCAUGGCUGCGGGAUUCGAUCUCUGGGGUGCUGCCUCCCGCGCCAUCUGGAGCAUGGCGCGUGACAAGGCCCUGCCUGCGACUCUCGCUAAGCUGCACCCGCGCUGGAAUGUGCCAGUCCUGGCCAACCUUGUCCUGCUUCUGCCAUCAAUUGUCAUUUUCAUGAUUUAUAUCUGGAAUACGACGGCAUUUUACGGCAUUAUGGCGGGAGUCCUGGUUUCUUUCCAGCUGUCCUAUGUUGUGCCUCUCGGCAUCAACAUCUUCUAUACGACAUGGUGGAAGAGAGAACUAACAAAGGGGCCCUUUACCAUGGGCAGAUUCUCCUUUCCAGUGCAUGUUGUUGCAUUUUUGUUUGGCUGUUAUAUGGUUCUCUUCAUCUCAUUUCCAGUUAAUCACCCCGUUACUGCUGCUAAUAUGAACUACGGGUCAGCGAUCAUCGGCGCCAUUUCGAUCUUGGCGAUUAUGCUCUGGAUAUUCUACGGUCGAAACUACUACUACGGGCCUUUACAGUUCACUGCAACCGAGGCGGAGCAGACCGAGUCCAUCGCAUCCAAGGCGGAGCAUACUGGAACCGCGAAGCUAGGUCAGCCUUAG